GUACUACUUGGUCUUGUUCCUCCUCCUUUCCCCUCCUCCUCGUCGUCUCCGGCCGGCAGGCGACCCCAUCGGAACCACCUCCAGCCGCAGCUCUUGAGGAGAGGAGAAAGGAUUCGAUGGCGGCGUCGGCGGUGCUGGCGGUGCUGCUGGCGUCGGCGCUGGCGGGGGCGGCGGCCGGCGGCGACAUCGUCCACCAGGACGACCAAGCCCCCAAGAUCCCCGGCUGCAACAACGACUUCGUCCUCGUCAAAGUGCAAAGCUGGGUGGGCGGCAAUGAGGGCGACGAGUUCGUGGGCGUCGGCGCGCGCUUCGGCCCCAAGAUUGUCUCCAAGGAGAAGCAGGCCACCCGGGAGCCGCUCACCCUCGCCGACCCCAUCCACGCCUGCGCCCCUCCCAAAAACAAGCUGGUCUCCGGAGGCGUCCUCCUGGUCGAGAGGGGGAAAUGCAAGUUCACCAAGAAGGCCAAGCUCGCCGAGGCCGCCGGCGCUUCCGGGAUACUCAUCAUAAACUCUGUCACCGAGCUGUACAAGAUGGUCUGUGAAAAGAACGAAACAGAGCUUGACAUACACAUACCCGCAGUUCUCUUGCCCAAAGACGCGGGCCAGGCUCUGCGUUCGCUUCUUACAGCUAAUACAUCAUCAGUUGGUGUGCAGCUAUACUCUCCAGAUCGCCCCGUAGUCGAUACGGCGGAGGUGUUCCUCUGGCUCAUGGCCGUCGGCACCGUCCUCUGCGCGUCCUACUGGUCAGCAUGGAGUGCCAGAGAAGCCGUUACUGAACAGGAGAAGCUCCUGAAGGAUGGACAUGAAGUUUCACUGAUUGUUGAGGGUGGAGGUUCUAGUGGCAUCGUGGACAUCAACGUGAUAUCGGCCAUGAUGUUUGUUGUGGUCGCGUCGUGCUUCCUGAUAAUGCUUUACAAGCUCAUGUCCGCCUGGUUUAUCGAUCUACUGGUUGUGAUCUUCUGCAUCGGAGGUGUAGAGGGCCUGCAAACAUGCUUGGUGGCUGUAUUAUCAAGAUGGUUUACAUCUGCUGCGGGAUCUUUUGUGAAAGUGCCCUUCUUUGGAGCAAUCUCAUACCUUACAAUGGCAAUAUCCCCAUUUUGCGUUGUGUUUGCUGUUCUGUGGGCUAUUUACCGUCAGUUCCCCUACGCUUGGAUCGCCCAAGAUAUCCUUGGCAUUGCGCUGAUAGUCACUGUCAUCCAAAUCGUCAGAGUACCUAACCUCAAGGUCGGUUCAGUUCUUCUGAGCUGUGCGUUCCUGUAUGAUAUCUUCUGGGUGUUUGUCUCCAAGAGUUUGUUCCAUGAGAGCGUGAUGAUUGCGGUUGCUCGUGGUGACAAUACCGACGAAGACGGUGUGCCCAUGCUGCUAAAGAUCCCGCGGAUGUUCGACCCGUGGGGCGGGUACAGCAUCAUUGGCUUUGGCGACAUCCUUCUUCCUGGCCUGGUUGUUGCAUUUGCGUUAAGGUAUGACUGGGCUGCGAAGAAGAGCCUGCGAUCUGGCUAUUUCCUGUGGUCGGCGUCGGCCUACGGCACCGGGCUCCUGAUCACGUACGUGGCGCUGAACCUGAUGGACGGGCACGGGCAGCCGGCGCUGCUCUACAUCGUGCCUUUCACCCUAGGGACGCUGAUGUCGCUGGGGUGGAAGAGGGGGGAGCUGCGGAACCUGUGGUUCAAGGGUGAGCCGGAGCGCGUGUGCACCCAUCAGGGCUACCUGCAGAUGGCCAAGCCUCCUCCUCCUGCUGCUGCUGCCCAUGAUAAUGAGGAUGAUGAGGAUGACCAUGAGGAGGAGGGCAAGAACACACCAUCAUCGUCUUGUUAGACAGACAGACGGGCGCCUUCAUGUGGUGGCUUGGCUUGGCUGCUGUGUGACGAUGGUGACUGCACUCUGUAGGAAGGAAGGAAGGAAGGAGAUAGUAGUAGUGCCGGAUCUCGGUCGUCGUAAUCAUCAGUAACCUGUAUGUAUGUAUGUAUGUAUUGCCGCCUCCGCCUCCGCCUCCGCCUGUGGUUCAAGGGGUAAAUAAUGAAGAGAAGGGACGCGCCGUGUCUUGUGUUGCUUAGGUUGCUUGACGCCUCCUGUAAUGUAAUGUAAUGUAAUGUAAUGCAAUGCAAUGCAGCUCCUCGCAUGAGAAAGAAA